AUGUACUUCAGCAAGAACACCAUCUUCGCCCUCGUUGCCAGCGUUGGAUUGGUCUCAGCUGCCCUCCCCAAAGCCAACGAGUACCAAAGCCACGAUUGCUCUGGAAAUCUGAACUACGGCCACCACGCCUUCGACCUUCACAUGGUCACCAUGGACGACUCUAGCCAUUCGGUUUACCAAGCCGGUACUGGUUGGUACCUCUUCGAAGGAAAGACCGGCAACGGCGGACGCUGCGAGGGAGAAAUUUUGGGAACGGUUAUCAGUGGGACUUCUAACUGCUUGGAUCUGGAUAACACCUUCCCUGGAAAGCGUAUCAGGUGUCUUUGCAACCCUCUCAUUGGGGCCAACACGAAUGGCAUCAACUCUUGCCAGUAUGCUUAG